UGUCGAACAAAAAUUUCUUAUAACCAUUAACACAUGUGAGAAUUACUACAGUCAUGUUAAGUUUGUGAAAAGUGUGCUUGUUUUACAGGAAAUAUGACGUUAUACAUGUGGCUUGUGGUUAUUGUCUCCAUUUUGACAAUAUUCCUCUAUCUCGUACACAAAUACACAAGUAGAAAUUACGAAUAUUGGGCAAAACGAAAAGUUCCAUUCAUCAAACCUAAACCAAUUUUUGGAAAUUUUUGGGAACUAGCCACGUUACAAAAAUCAAUUGGUACUUUUUUGGAGGGACUUUACAACGAAAUAUCUGAACCAUUUUUCGGAAUUUAUAUAUUUUGUAAACCGUGUUUGAUUGUACGAUGCCCCAAAUUAAUAAGAUCAAUACUCAUUAAUGAUUUCAGCAGUUUUCCGGACAGAACCGCAGCGUCUUGCAGACAUGAUUCGCUGGUGCAUAGUAUGCUGUUUUUCAGCAACAAUCCCUUGUGGAAAGACACAAGAAAACUGAUAUCACCUCUUUUCGCCAGCGGAAAACUUAAAGAGAUGUUCCCAUUGAUAAAUAAUACUGGAGAUGAAAUGAACAAAUACAUCGCAAAACAUUUGAGAGAAGUAGUAAAUUGCAAGGAAAUAUGUUCUAAAUUCUCAACCGACGUUAUCGCAAAAUGUGCCUUUUCCAUAGAUGCGUACAGUUUCGAAGAGGAAGGCGACUUUGAAAAGAAUGGUGCUGCCAUUUUUGAGUUUAGUGUAAGGAAUGCCAUCAGUCAAAUCUCCUAUUUUUUUCUGCCACAGUUAGUUAAAUGGUUUCGAUUAACUUUCAUGCCGAAGGCAGUGAAUGAGUUUUUAACAAAGGUUUUCUCAAACACAAUUAAAGAGAGAGAAGAAAGUGAGCAGAAAAAUAACGAUCUUAUAGAUAUAAUCUUGGAGUUGAGGAAUAAUAAGGAAUUUAUUGGAAAAUAUAACUUCGAUGGUCCAAUGGAGAUAUCUCAAGCAGCUCAAUUUUUCUUGGCUGGUUUUGAAACUACAAGUUCCACAAUGUCGUAUACGUUAUAUCAACUGAGCAUUCAUCCAAAAAUACAGCAAAAACUAAGAGCUGAAAUCUCGUGUAGUAUUGAAAAGCACAAUGGAAUCACUUAUGAAGGUUUACAAGAAAUGACGUAUUUACACAUGUGUGUAUCAGAAACAUUGAGGAUGUAUCCAGUUCUUCCAUUCUUGGAUAGACUAUGUACUAAGGACUACCAAAUUCCUGGAACAGAAGUAACAAUCGAAAAAGGCACUCCAAUUUAUAUUCCUAUGUUUGGUCUACAUUAUGAUCCUGCAUACUUUCCUUAUCCUAAAAAUUACAAUCCCGACAGAUUCAAGGGAACUUCCAUAAACAAGGAGGGUUUAGCUUAUCUACCUUUUGGAGAAGGACCAAGGAAGUGUAUUGGAGAACGAUUUGGCAUGAUGAGUACGAAAUUGGGUUUGGCCAAGAUACUUUCAGAGUAUGAAGUUUUUGCAACGGCACAAACGCCCAUACCUCUUAUUUAUGAACCUAAAAGUUUCGUUUUAGCUUCUAGAGUUGGUUUACCAGUGAAAUUUAGAAAAUGUGAAUGUGUGUUUAAAGAUAUUUGAAAAUAUGUUAACAUAUACAAAUUUGUGUAAUUGUUUUCAUGACAUGAAUGUGACCAAUAUGUAUUUAUUUUAUUGACUUUGAGGAAAAAAGAAUUCCUGUUUUUAUAUUUAUAUUUUUACAUGCCAUAUGGAUUAUGAAAUAAAAUAAAGAGACUAAAAUAACA